AUCUGUAAAUUUAAGAAGAAAGUAUUCAAUACUGAUAUGUAUUAUUUUCUAGAAUCCAUUUAAAUUGGUGCAAUAGACUCUCGCUCUUGCGUAAUUCAUCACGUGUGCAAAGCAUAUGCACGGCUUGUCGUGUUGCGUAACAAUGGAGGGGGGUUUAAGCGCGCGUUACGAGUCUGUUACAGAGAGUUUUCAUAAUACUCCAAAUUUGCGUUACGUAAUUUACGGACGGCCCCAUUGGUUAACCCACCGUUGCCCAUGUGAAGUUUUGUUACGCGCUUACUCCCGUUUUAGAUAUCAUCGGACAACCGUCGAUGUAAUUGAAUGCUGUUUUUUGAAAUUCGUGUAUUAAUAUUUAAAACUUUUAUUGUAUUUUAUUAAAUUUAUGCAUUUAAUUGUGCAUGAUUUUAUCUAGUUUAUAUAUAAAUGUUUGCCAAUUUAUUGACGGUGCCUUAAGCACCGACGGCAAUGUUGCAGGGGUACCGUUUGCUCGCUUGCACUCGGAGAAUAUCAGCCACAAGCACAAUAACUUCUACGUGGGCGUCGACAGAAUGAAAGGCCAGAGCAAUGGCUCCGUCCCCCAAAUGCUUUCUCACGUUAUCACACGGUUCUCUCUCCGCCAAUCCUGAGCCAUCCGCUUGCCUCCUACUGGUCAUUGACUUGGUCAAUCAUCCACGCACUCUACUUACGUGAGGUGACAAAGCGACAAUACCUAUUUACGGCGACAAGGGCAUUGCCCUCUGACAGGAAAAUAGCUCCGAAAAAGGCCACGACAUGACUGACGUAAUGUCAGCCACGGAGCAGAUGCGGCUUGUCCCGGUUAACCAAGAGCCAUCAAGCCAUAAGCAAGGGCAGGAGAGGCUGCCGACGACGAAUGCGGCGCGCGUGGCUUUCGCUGUGGCCUCGCUGGCGGCCAUCGCCGUCUCCGCCGCCUACACCAGCGCGCUCUACUCCAACCUAGCCGUUCAGCGGGAACGCUUGCUGUUCACCGACAUCGAAGGCAUGAGGUUGACCGGGUUCAGGAUGUUCUUUUUCUCGGACUCGGACACGAGAAUUAUGUGGGAGCAUUCAAAUGCCCCUAUUAGGGGGCAAUUUGGAUACAGCUUUCAGUACUCCAAAGGCCAGAAGGAUUUUGACGAACAAGUGUGCAAACGUGACAACCGGGGACUACUUGAAUUGGAAGACAACGUGGCAAUGAAGUUACGAAUGUCAUCCAAUUGUCACCUGUACAGAAUUGACGGAUUUAAUAUGCCCACCCCUGUCGUCAUGGGAUUUUCACCAUGGUUUCCAUACGUUCCUCUAUUCAACAAAAGGAUCCGUGAGAUGACGCGCGUGGGCGUGGUGCGGCGCCUGCGCGAGCGACCGCCGCCCGUAGUGCGCCUGCGGCCCGAGCAGGGCGACAGCGUGGCGCUGGCCACCGUGCUGCCCGUGCUGUGCGUGCUCGCCCUGGGCGCGCUGCUCGCCGCCGCCGCCCUCGCCGCCGAGGUGGUGCUGCGGCGG